ACAGGUUCCUUUAUUUCUUUUUUUUUUAAAUAAUUCAAAUGUCCGGUCAGUUUACGCGCACACGACCGGUUUCUAAUCAGAUCUGAUAUUUCCUCGAUUCUUCGAUUUCCGUUUCCACAAUGUUCGAGUUUGUUGUUCAUUUUUAAAAACCCUAAGACUCAGGUUGCUUUGCUAAACUGUGUUGUUCUACACUUUGGCGUGGAAUUAUUCUUCUUCAGAUCGUAGUUUCCUGUCUGAAUUUUCGGUUGAUUUAUUGGAUUUUCCUUAAACAGAAUCGAAACGGUCGCGAAGCUCCUGCUGGGUAUUUUUUGAACCACGAGAACCAUGGGUUCCCGAAGGGAUCAUCGCAACAAUAGAGUUGCACUUUUUGAUGGCAUUGAGGAGGGUGGUAUCAGGGCCUCGUCUUCUUAUGCCUCCCCUGAAAUUGAUGAGCAUGACAAUGAUAGAGCAAUGGAUGGAUUGCAAGAUCGAGUCAUUAUGCUGAAAAGAUUGACAGGUGAUAUACAUGAGGAAGUGGAGGGUCACAAUCGUAUGCUGGACCAUAUGGGCAAUGAGAUGGAUUCAUCAAGGGGAGUCCUGUCAGGGACUAUGGAUAAAUUCAAGAUGGUAUUUGAGACCAAAUCCAGCCGGCGAACGUUUUCACUUGUCGCAGCUUUUGUUGUUAUUUUUCUGAUCAUAUACUAUCUUACUAGGUGACAAGUUUCAUAUUUUACUUCUUUUUUCUUUCUUUAUCCGCCAAUUUUAUGCUUAGAACUGGAACCAUGUUUCGGUUUCUUACUAUGAUGGAUGUCAAUGCUGCAAGUGAAGACUUUUUCGAUUGGAAAUUGUGCAAAAACUGAUAUUUGGAUGUUGAAUGGAUUGUAAUUCGUA